AUGACGGAUAUGUCCGGUUCUCAUGCUGGGUCCAAUGGCCCUGGCCGCUUCGGCCAUGCAUCCAAGCCGUCCAACAGCGACACGGGGUUUUCUCACGGCGCCUUUACCUCCAACAUCUCCGGGUUUGCUGACAGACACCCUCGCCGUGGUAACAUUCCUACGAUCAACACCCAGCCGAUCCAGCACCAUCAGCAGGCCCCUACCAAUGGCGCUGAUCUUACCUCCCCGGGCACUGCUUUCGAUAUGCAGUUCACCCCUCUGCUUCCCUCCCAGCUUCUUCUCGGAAGCCCCUUCCAGCCCGGAACGCCUGCCGCCUUCGCGAGCCCGCACUUCCAGAACGUGAGCAGCUUCCAGCAGGCCCAGCAGCAGAACCUCCAACAGCAGCAGAAUGGUCCGUCGAGCCCGGUCCAGCAGAACAUUUCGCCGCAGAUGUACCAGUCCAUCGUGUCCCCUUCGGCAUACGGCGCGCCCCAAUUCUACGCGCCGCAGUCUCCGACGGGCUCCUUCAACAACGUUGGCCAGAUCCAGGUCCCCGCACAGCCAAUGUCGCCAGUUUCCAUGGGCCCUGGCAUGGUCAGCGGCACCAGCCGGACAGUCUACCUGGGCAACAUUCCUCCUGACACGUCGGCCGAGGAAAUCCUGGGACACGUGCGCAGCGGUCAGAUUGAGUCGGUCCGCCUCCUCCCAGACAAGAACUGCGCUUUCAUUUCGUUCUUGGACGCGAGCUCCGCUACUCAUUUCCACUCUGAUGCCAUCUUGAAAAAGCUCUGCAUCAAGGGUCAGGAUAUCAAGAUCGGAUGGGGCAAGCCCUCGCAAGUCCCGACUUCUGUUGCUCUGGCUGUUCAGCAGUCUGGUGCGUCUCGGAACGUGUACCUCGGGAACCUGCCCGAGGACAUCACCGAGGAGGAGCUGCGGGAGGAUUUGGGCAAGUUUGGCGCGAUCGACACGGUGAAGAUCGUGCGCGAGAAGAAUAUUGCUUUCGUGCACUUCCUCUCCAUCGCCAAUGCGAUCAAGGCCGUCUCCCAGCUUCCGCAGGAGCCCAAGUGGCAAGCGCCCCGCCGAGUCUACUACGGCAAGGACCGCUGUGCGUACGUAUCCAAGACCCAGCAGCAGAACGCCGCCCAGUAUCUUGGUAUUGCCCCGGGCUACGCGCAUAUGUUGACUGGCGCCGAUCGUGAUCUCAUCUCGAACGCUCUGGCUCAGCAGUCGGUCGCUGCCGCUGCCGUGGCCACCACCGCUGGUGGCAUUGGCAACCUGGGUAAUCGGACCAUUUACCUGGGCAACAUCCACCCAGAAACCACGAUCGAGGAGAUUUGCAAUGUCGUCCGCGGUGGGCUUCUGCACCACAUUCGUUAUAUCCCUGACAAGCACAUCUGCUUUGUAACGUUCAUCGACCCCACGGCUGCGGCAUCCUUCUAUGCUCUGAGCAAUUUGCAAGGGCUGAUGAUCCACAACCGCCGGCUGAAGAUUGGCUGGGGCAAGCACUCGGGCGCUCUCCCGCCUGCGAUUGCCCUCGCCGUCAGCGGCGGCGCCUCGCGGAAUGUGUAUAUCGGAAACCUCGACGAGACGUGGACGGAGGAUCGGCUGAGGCAAGAUUUCUCUGAGUAUGGCGAGAUCGAGUUGGUGAACACGCUGCGGGAGAAGAGCUGUGCCUUUGUGAACUUCACCAACAUCGCCAACGCCAUCAAGGCGAUUGAGGCCGUCAGGGGCAAAGAGGAGUACAAGAAGUUCAAGGUGAACUUCGGCAAGGACCGCUGCGGCAACCCGCCCCGGCAGCUGCAGCAGUCUCCGCGUGGGGAGCAGGUGUCUUCGCCGCCCCCAAAUGGCGCGAGCCACAACGGCAACUCGCCCACUGGCGCUGCCGCCACCGCUGCUGCGUUGUUUAACACGACCAACAACCCGCUAACGAUGUAUCUGAACCACAUUUCCCAGCAGGCGCAGCAACAGCAGCAACAACAACACCAGGUCCUGGCUGCUCAACAGGCCGCGCUGUUUGGCACCGCUGCAUCGUCGCCGAACGAGCCCGGCCUCACUCUCGAGGUUCCCCAGGGCCCCAUCUCUGGCCACCAGCAGUCAGCCAGCAUCUCUAAUGGCUACGUCACGAACCCGUCGACCUCGGGCGCUACCACUAUUGGAGGCCUGCUCGCACCAGGCAGUUCACGUGCCUCGCACAGCCGGGCCGUGAGCCUGCCAGUCUUCGCUCCUUUUGAAAACGGAAACAGCACUCCGAAUAGCCUCCACGGUAGCAACGGAGGUGCCGACGAGGGGCGGCGUGGACAUCAGUACCAGGCCAGCUACGGCGGCAUCGGCACGGGUUUCGGCCUGGCCAUCCAGGGCAACCUCAACGGCUGGGUUGAGGAGGAAGUCGCGAACUGA